UCAGAUCAAUUAAACUUCUGUCGUCAUUUCCCUAACACAGCACCGCCAUGGCAGAAAGAGGGUACAGUUUCUCUCUUACCACAUUCAGCCCUUCAGGGAAGUUGGUUCAGAUCGAGUAUGCUUUAGCAGCUGUAGCGGCUGGUGCUCCUUCAGUGGGAAUAAAAGCUGCAAAUGGUGUUGUUUUGGCUACAGAAAAGAAACAGAAAUCUAUUCUGUAUGAUGAGCAAAGUGUUCACAAAGUGGAGCCCAUAACCAAACACAUUGGUAUGGUUUACAGUGGCAUGGGUCCAGAUUACAGGGUCCUGGUGAGAAGAGCAAGGAAACUGGCACAGCAGUACUUUCUGGUGUAUCAAGAGCCAAUACCUACAGGCCAGCUUGUUCAGAGAGUAGCCUCUGUUAUGCAGGAGUACACACAGUCUGGAGGUGUGCGGCCAUUUGGGGUGUCCCUUUUGAUUGCGGGUUGGGAUGAAGACCGCCCAUACCUUUUCCAGUCUGACCCUUCGGGAGCAUACUUUGCAUGGAAAGCCACAGCAAUGGGGAAAAACUACGUGAAUGGAAAAACAUUCCUUGAAAAAAGAUACAAUGAGGAUCUUGAGCUGGAAGAUGCAAUUCACACUGCUAUUCUGACUCUUAAGGAAAGCUUUGAAGGUCAGAUGACUGAAGACAACAUCGAGGUGGGAAUCUGCAAUGAAGCCGGAUUUAGGAGACUGACCCCAGCGGAGGUGAAGGACUAUCUUGCCGCUAUUGCUUAAAGUCAUUGCCCUUAUAAAUUGCAGAUUCAACACUGAUUAUCUUGUUGUCUUCGUUUUUACAACUUGUUAGUACUUAAUGAUGAAUUUGAAAAAUGCAAAGAAUUCAUCGAAGAGUGUAUUGUUUAUAUUUUGUUUUCUUUCUCACUGAAGGAAAAAAUAAAUGUCUUUUGAAAU